CAAGCCGCCUCCAUCACCAACGCUCCGUAUCUGAUACUUACCGUCGUUGCCGCAUUUUAUUCUCCUCCACAGAACUGCAACCAUGGCCAACUUUCUUGCUUCCAUUUUCGGUACCGAGCUUGACAAGGUCAACUGCUCUUUCUACUUUAAAAUCGGCGCUUGUCGUCACGGCGAUCGCUGCUCGCGAAAGCACGUCAAGCCUUCCUACAGUCAGACCAUCCUCAUGCCAAACCUGUACCAGAACCCGGCAUACGACCCCAAGAACCGAAUGAACCCUUCUCAGCUCCAGAACCACUUCGACGCUUUCUACGAGGAUAUUUGGUGUGAACUUUGCAAGUACGGCGAGCUCGAGGAGCUCGUUGUCUGUGAUAACAACAAUGAUCAUUUAAUCGGCAACGUUUACGCUCGCUUUAAAUACGAAGAAUCAGCCCAAAAGGCUUGCGACGAGCUCAACAGCCGGUGGUACGCUGCUCGCCCUAUAUACUGUGAACUGAGUCCUGUCACCGAUUUCCGCGAGGCCUGUUGUCGACUGAACUCAGGUGAAGGCUGUGUUCGAGGAGGAUUCUGCAACUUCAUCCAUCGCAAGAACCCAAGCGAAGAGCUCGAUCGCGACCUUACCCUCAGCACAAAGAAGUGGCUCAAGCAGCGCGGCCGCGACGAGAGAAGUGCCUCGCGUUCACCUACACCCGAGCCUACGAGACGCCGCUACUAGCCUUUGGGUGAUACUGUGUAGUUGGAACUACGAAGAGAAAUGCAAUACGGAUAGCACGGUCACGGCGUUCAAGGACUGGAUUUUUUGUUCUAAUAGUUAUAUGUAAGGAUUCAUGGGCGAUUCAACCAUUACGGAUACCCUUUCCUUCAUCAAAUAUGUCUCAAAAAUGAAUAUUGCAGAAGUCAUCUGGCGAGGGCCGGUGUUGAAAUCCUUCUGACUCGUUGUAACCCGA